AUGUCUUUUGAACAACGAUCAAUUCCGACAGAAGAUAGGAUCAGCUCCUUUCCAGACCAUAUUAUAUGUCACAUUCUAUCUUUUCUCCCAACCAAACUCAGCGCAGCUACAAGCAUCCUCUCAAAGAGAUGGAACCCACUAUGGCUCUCAGUUCUUAAUUUUCACUUCGACGACCAAACCUUCCAAGACUUUAUCUCAUUUCGCCACUUUGUCUUGUCUGCCUUUCUCUCGCGACAAAUGACACUACCCCUCCAAUCAUUCCACCUCAAAUGUUCAAAAGAGUCUAGCUUCCAGCUACACGAUAUCAAUAGAUUUGUUUACGCCGCUGCUCAACGGCAAAUCCAAAACCUCAAUCUCGAAAUGUCCUGCACGAAUCUCCAAAUGUCCAGCAGGAUUAUCUUGAAAUUACCUCGUAGCAUUUUUAGUUGUAGAACCCUUAUUGUUCUUCAUUUGAAAGGGCUAAAAGUGAAUGACCUUUCUCAUGUGGCUGUGGCUGUGGAUUUUCCUUUCCUCAAAACUCUCCAUAUGUCUUAUAUACUUUUCGAAAGUAUUGAAUAUUUUGUACAGCUUUUAUCAGGAUGUCUCAUUUUAGAGGAAUUGCAAGCAGAAUAUAUACGUGUAAGUAAUAUAGAGUGGCUUGUUUCACAAGAAAUGUUUGUUGUAAGGGAAAAGUUUCGAAGUUUACCAAAGUUGAUCAAAGCAGACAUCACUAAAUCGCCUUUUUUGUUGACGUUUUUGCUCACUUUGUUUUGCAAGGAAGAGGCUCAGGUUCUACGUGCAGAAGUUGAAACACGUUACCUCAAUUACCUAAAGUUUCCCAAUCUAACUUACAUGGAGCUUAUUCUUCAUAAUCAUCAACGUGAGAAGUGGAAGAUGUUGCUAGAAACGCUGAAAAGUUGUCCUAAACUUCAAAAUAUUAUCAUUCAUGAGGGAUUUAGGAGUGAAGAGGAAGUUGUUGAUAAUUGGAUGGAUCCAGCAAUUACUCCGGAAUGUCUUUCAACACAGCUGAGAACAUGCUUGCUUAAAGGUUUUAAAUGCACGGAAUGUGAACUUCAAUUUGCCAAAUAUAUUAUGCAGAAUUCAAAAGUAUUGAACACCAUGUCAAUCAAGAUUGCCUCUUCUGUAGAUAUAAAUGUCAAGUACCAAUUGUCAAGGAAAUCAGCCUCAUGGACAAGGGCCUCAUCAACAUGUAAACUCUAAUUUAUGGAUGAAAGUUAGGGCAUAGUUGCAAUAGUUCUUAUAUGUCUACUUUUUCUAUUAGAUUCUUCAUAUGCAAUUGUAAGACUUUUAGUUUCAAAGGCAUAGCCUCUCUUUCGUUUUGACCUCUAUGUCAUUUAGAUUUUCAACUAUACAUUGACUUUCACUUUAUUAA